ACUGCCCAGAACCUACAGCUGGAAUGUGAUUGUGCACUGGGAUCGGAGCCAGCAGCCUCUUGUGUGCUUCAGGGUAGAACCUCCAUCCCCACAGGGAGGGGGGGGGGGGGGGGAACGGUCCCCAAGACAACUCCUGAGGUUUCAUCAUUUAUUAACACUGCAAUUAUCCUGCUGCUUGCUGUUUGAAGCUGAGUGAGAGAGGGGAGAGGCGAGAGGCAGUUGCAGUUUGGAAGGAGCAAUACUGGCUUCCCUUUGUGAUAACCUUGACAGGAACCAGAGAGAGAGAAAGAGAGAGACUGGAGUCCCAUAUUACUGAUUCGCAGUAGAAUAGUUUUGCAAAAUAACAAAGUGGCUUCUAAUAAUUUCUGCAACAACAACAAAAAAAAAUGCCUGCUUCUUCCGCCACUAGGGUCUUUGUGUUAUCACUCGUGUCAAUUCCAGUGACCCCUCUGUUUAACUUCUUCUCCACCAACAGCAGCCCCUGGACAAUCCUUAUUGUUGCAUUACUGGUCUUGAUAUCUGUGGCAAUAAUUGCAUUUUUUCUGGUAAAAAAGAAACCACCGAAGGAUCCUUUAUUCUAUGUGUAUGCAGUGUUUGCAUUUACCAGUGUGGUGGACCUUAUUGUAGGACUUGAACAAGAUGGACUCAUUGAUGGAUUCAUGACCCUUUACUUGAAAGAGGGUGAACCUUACCUGAAUACAGGCCACGGCCACAUGAUUUGUUACUGGGAUGGCUCGGCACAUUAUUUGAUGUAUCUCCUGAUGGUAGCAGCUAUCGCGUGGGAGCAGAGUUACAGGACCAUUGGCUUGUACUGGGUUGGAUCGAUUCUGAUGAGUACUAUUGUAUUCUUAACUGGAAACCUUGUUGGGAAAUAUGGCACCAAACUCGGUCCUGUCAGCCUCCUGAUUAUUCCUUACCUUGUCCUUCCCAUGUGGGCUGUUCUUCAAAUUUAUAACCAGCCUCUAGAGAGCGAAUCUGCACCUAAGGCUAUUGAAGUUGCUCAAAAGAAGAGUCUGCUACAGAGACCUUUUGACCUGUUGCUGGUCAUCUCUCUCAUUCUUGCCAUUGGGUUCAGCCUCUUCAGAGGAUUGGUAGCUUUGGAUUGUCCUAUUAAGGUGUGUAGACAAUACCUGAGGCACCAAGAGCCAUACCUGAGAGAUCCUGCAGCCUACCCAAAGAUACAGAUGCUGGUGUACUUGUUUUACUCAGUCCUGAUCUACAUCGUAACCCUGUAUGGUCUGUUUGUUCCUGGGUGUUCCUGGCUUCCAGACUUGGCACUGCUUCAUGCAGGAGGUCUUGCACAGGCACAGUUUUCACAUAUUGGAGCAUCCCUUCAUUCCAGGACUCCUUAUACAUACAGAGUACCAGAAGAGGCACAACUGGUCUUUCUAAUAAUAAAUGGACUCUAUGGUGUUUUGCCACAGUUACUUGCCUACAGAUGUGUCAAUAACCCAGCGUUUUUCUUGAAGAGGAAAGAAGACCCGAAGACAAAGUAAAACCUCAGUCGACUAAAUGUUUUAUUUUUCUGUCCAAAGUAACAUUAUUUGCUAAUUAAUUAGGUCUGCAGAUUAAAUAUUAGAGUAAAUUUCUUAUUAAGCAAAUUGAAUUGGUGCUUUGUAAAUGAUUUUCUUUUUCUAUUUUGGUAUUGGUACCGUUUUAUUCUUCCAAGUUUACUGUCGUGUAAAGUUAUAGAACUGUGUAUUCAAGAGCAAUUGUGAAAUAAUUACCAAGAACAAAGGCAUUUAUUAUGCCUGGGAGAUGUGAUUUCUGGCAUGAGACCUGUGCCAUGUUCAGUCAAUUUCAGCGCUUACUGUGUGUGGUGCAAUUUGUUGCCAAGUAUCAGUUAUGUAUGAUGAGAACGGGCGGAGGAUGAGGAGACUUUUUGAUUAAUUCGUAGGAUGUGGGCAUCUCAGGCAAUGCCAGCAUUUAUUGCCCAUAUCUAAUUGCCCUUGAGAACUUGGUGGUGAGCUGCCUUCUUGAGUACAGCCCAGUGUCUUGAUAGGCCUUGUCGCAGGGCAGUUAAGAAUCAACCACAUUGCUGUGGGUCUGGAAUCACCUAUAGGUCAAACUGGGUAAGGAGAGCAGAUUUCCUUCUCUAAAGGAGGGUUAAUGAAUCAGAUGGGCUUUUACAAUAAUCCAGUCGUUUCAUUGUUACUGAUACUAGCUUUUUAUUCCAACUUUAUUUAAUUAAUUGAAUUUAAAUUCUUCAGCUGCCAUGAUGAGAUUUGAACUCUGGGUUGCUGGUCCAGUAACAUAACUGGUCUGCUUCCAUAUCCCAUUUUAAUUCAGUUAUUUCUUCUGACCUUGGAUGCGUUUCCUAAGAGGGCUGUGGAAGCAGAUUCAAUAGUGACUUCCAAAAGGGAGGUGGACAAGUACUUGAAAUGGAAACAUUUGCAGGGCUGUGAGGGAAGAGCAGGAGAGUGGCACUCACUGGAUAACUCUUUCACAGAACCAUCCCAGGUACAAUGGGCUGAUUGAUAUUCUGUCUUAUGACAUUCUGUGAAGUUCCAGAAGCUGUGCAGAUGUUGCCAUCGGAAUGACAUCAAGCGACUUCUUGCAUUAAAUUUACAGCUCUAAUUAUGUGUUUCAUGCACCAGUCAUAUGGGUCACCUCUGUGAUAAUUCAUACAGGCAAUGUGAAAAUAACUUUGUUUGCAAAAGGUGAAUUAUGUGGGCAGGCCUUCUAUAUUAAACAGAAUCUAAGCGA